AUGGACGAGUCACGGCUUUGCCGGUUUUCGCCUCGAAUGGACAUCGAACUGAACGACGAUGACCUGGUAUUUCUCAAUACUUACAACCUCACAGCCCCUGCUUUCAUUAGUGAUAUGUUUCCUGAUGGGCGCUGCAACCCCGUUCCGGAGAACCAUCGCGCCGCGGAGCAGGAGAAACUCACCCUGUCAGUUAGUAACGGACCUAGACCGGGCUCGCGACUGCAGCAUUUCAGCUACAUAGUCUUGAGAUUGUCUCAGUCCCUCCGAGACAAGAUAAUAGCUAUUAUUUUGAGUACAUGCAGACCCUCAAAUGCGAUCCGUGUGGCUUCUGCUUUCCCUUCCGUCAACCUGCUUGACUAUUUACUUCACGACUUUUUCGCUACAGCAUGCAUUCGAGCGGAGGAGUGGAUUCAUAUACCCAGCUUCGGCUUUGGUACUGAGAAACCGCCUGAAUUACUGCCCUCCAUGAUUGCAACUGGUGCUGUAGCGACUCCGGACAAAUCACUACAGAAAUGGGGGUUUGCGAUUCAAGAAGAAUUGCGACAUUUCUUGGGACGUGCUAUUGAGAAUGAUAACUCUCGAGCAAGAGAUCUGGAGGCUGUGCAAGGCCUCAUGGUGUUAUUGGAGAUAGGUCACUGGAUAUUUGACGUUACCCUGGAGUUUGUGUCUAUGCAUCUGCACAUGUCAUUGGAACAUAUCCAGGUGUUCGCUGGAUCUGAUGGAAGAGAAGAAGCAGACGACAUUGUUCCUUUGCAAGAAUGGAUUAAUGAAUCCAGCUCAAGGCAGGCAAUAUGGCAUGCCGGACAACUCCUUCGCGAUGCCAGGUGCGUUCCUAAACAUUGGUUGCAAGCGUUCCUCGCUGUUGCAGUAUAUCAUGCAAGUCUGGUUUGCUGGGCUUAUGGUCUCUUUUCCGCGUCAUCUAAACCUGGUCUGCCCGAUAUUCAACCGCAUAUUGAGGGAGCCCGACAGGAAAGAGACGCCGCUACUAAGCAAUCAUUCUCCGCGGGCCCAUUUCGACUUUCCCCAGACAAAAGCCAGGUGAUUUGGCUGGACGGCCGCGAAUCUGAUAAUGUCAAACGGUUUAUCUCACUAGGGAUAGGAUCUUCGGAAAGCCCCAUUUUCCUGAACGACACCCGAGCCGUGAUGGACAUGGUGCUCAGUCUGCUGCAGACCGGUCGUCCUUCUCUGCAGCCGCCAUUGGUGGAGAACCUAGUCCAGUUGAUGGCCCGUCUAAGAGACAUUGUCCAGCUCAUUGUCACAUUUAAUGGUACUUUUGUGCUGAGAUUAAUCCGAGCGCUGUACCUUGCACCGCCGGUUUGGCAUCUAUUGCCGCACAAUUUGAUUGGGCUCGGAGGCACACAUGUCCUUCGUCCUGACGUCCGAGACCCCUCCCUGCCGAGCCAUAAGUUUAGUCGCCUCAUCGGGCUGGACAACGAAGACAUGGAACACGAGAGCAUAGGCGCUUUGCCAACCUUGAUUCCCGACGUGCUUGAGAAACAUGUCGGUUGUAUCUCAACAAAUGAAGUGAGAUCUAACAAGGCGGCCAAGUCUCGCAAUUUUCUCACAAUUUUCUCCUUAUUUUUGGCCCAGUUCCUGGCAGCUCUAGACGCGACUAUUGUCAGUGUUGCGCUACCCACCAUUGCAAGUCAACUCCAUUCGACCAGUGCGCAGUACGCCUGGUUCGCCAGCUCUUACAUGCUUGCCUCAACUUCCUCGACGCCACUCUGGGUGAAGUUUUCGGAUAUUUUCGGCAGGAAGCCCACCAUUAUCCUUGCAAAUGCUGUCUUCAUGGGUGGCAGCCUCAUUUCUGCUCUUAGUCCUUCCCCUACGACGCUCAUCGGAGGAAGAGCUCUUCAAGGUCUCGGGGGUGGCGGUAUUAUUAUCAUGGUCACUAUCAUCAUUGGCGAUUUGUUCGAGCUUCACGAAAGAGCAAAAUAUUAUGGCUUCUCUGGGGUUGUCUACGGAAUUUCCAGCGGAAUUGGACCAAUUUUGGGAGCCGUCUUUACACAAGCAAUUGGAUGGCAGUGGUGUUUCUACAUCAACCUUCCGUUCGACGGUUUGUCCUUGAUAAUCCUGCUGCUGUUUCUAAAAGUCAACAAACCGAAGACCACGUUCGUUCGUGCCCUCAAAACCUUUGACUGGACUGGCUCCGCCUUGAUCCUAGCCGGAACACUCUGUUUUCUCUAUGGCCUCGAGAAUGCUGCCGGCCACCACGCCUGGUCUUCUGCGACCUCUCUCAGCCUGCUGAUUGUCGGCGUUGCCCUGAUGAUCCUCUUCGUUGUCAAUGAAUGGUACUGGGCGACUUCUCCUGUUUUCCCGGUGAGAGUGCUGGCAAACCUCGCCUGCUUCGCCUGCCUAAUGGUUGCCGCCGCCCACACUUUCGUCUUCUUCGCCUAUGACUAUUUCCUCCCUCUCUACUUUCAAACGCUCCUGGGAGCCUCACCAAUCCAGUCUGGUCUCUACAUAUUCGCGCUGAUUCUCCCGCUGUGCAUUAUGUCCAUGAGUACAGGUCCACUCAUCAAGAAAACAGGGGGCAUCCGCAUCAUCAUUUGGGCAGGGACCUUGCUUAUGACACUUGGGACAGGACUGUUCAUCGACCUGCCUCCAUCCCGACGACUGGCAAAGUUGGUGAUAUUCCAGGUCAUCGCUGGUAUAGGCGCUGGACUUCUUUUUGUUCCACCAAUGAUUGCUCUCCAAAGUUUUCUGGCAAAGGAGUAUGUAGCCGCCGGAACGUCAGCACUGUCAUUUCUGCGCAAUUUACUCUCUUCUCUGUCUAUCGUCUUGGGGAGCGCCAUCCUAGAGGAAAGUGUGGGGACCAGCGGCUUGACCAAUGUAGUCGGAAGUCCUGUUGGCAACAAUGAGGGAAACGACAAAUCGUCCGGCACCCAGCCACAGCAGUUUCUGGCUUCAAUGAAGCACAUGUGGAUGUUUUAUACCUGUAUCGCUGGAUUGAUGAUGGUUUUCUCUUUCUUGAUUGUCGACUCCAAAGCCACGAAAGCGCCGGAUCAAACAGAGAAUGAAUCGAAAAACCAGGAAAGCGGUUUCGAAGGUGUCGCACCGGUGGAGGCCCCGGAGGCUCAAGGCAAAAGCUAG